UGAGGUAUAAAUAUACUCUGUUGGAAAUAAGGCGACAUCAGAACAGCUCAACGUCCCCUUCAGUAAGGAGUAAGAGGAUACGGAUCCUGCAGGAUAUCUCGUCAAAUCUGAUUUGGAGAGCAAAGCACACCCAUUAAAACUACAAUGAAGACUACUUCCCCUUUGAUUGCUCUCAUAUUGAUGACUACUAUGGACUACUUUGCCAAGGUAGCAGCACAAAAUAUCAGCCUAAUAGGUGAAGAAGUGACGGAGUCUCCACCUAAAGAAAGGCUCUGUGAAAGCCAGUGCACCGAUUCUUCUUCUGACAGGACGGGCGUCUGCAGGGAGAGUUGUCAACAAGGCGAAAUUCAAGUACGUGGCAACUGCCCCGCUCAGCCAAGCAUUUGCAAACUACUGACAAUCUGUCCAGACAAACCUUGCGUCUGUUGCGUGCGGGAUGAUAAACUUCCAGUCUGCAAGGAAAGCUUCUGUACUGGUGGACGUAGAGGUGAAUCCGGCACUUGCAGGACGGAGUGUUUACAAGGGGAGAAGAAAAUCGCUGACACUUGUGGACGAAUUACUGAAGACACAACCGCUGGCGCUUGUGUUUGCUGUGGGAGAGAUGACAUAGUUACUCUUCCUACACUUUGAAAACAUCACUGAGACACCAUCGUGAUUAGAAUCCUAAUUUUGUCCCUUAGUGCAUGCAAUGAUUUUUUUUUUUUUACAAAGCCUUUCACUCAAUUCAAUUCUGGAGAUGAAUGUUUUAUUUCCUGCAUAUGAUGAAUACGAGGAAUGUUUCUCCUUUAUAUAUGAAGAACAAAAUUCAUAAGUGCAACAAAAAGUAAAUUGAAAAGAAUAAUCUUUGUCAGGCAUGAGAUAAAUCUAUUGUAAUAAGUAGAUUAUUUUUUAAAAUUUAUGGUGAAGGGAUUUGAUUCAUGAGAAUAUGUAGAGAAAAAGAAGGUAAACGAAGAAAUGAAUAUUGUUUGCCUUCUCACAAAAUAUAUGGUAAUAAAUAUGGAAACGGA